AGUAUGAAGAUUUGUCCUUUCAAAAAUGACAGUAAAACACAAGCCUGUUAGAAAGGACUGUGCUUUGUUUUGAUACAGAAUUCUUUUUAUGACAGAUUUAUUAAUUAAACGUAUAGGCCUAUAGUAGGAUGCAAUACACAUUCCUCAGUUUUCAUACAAUUAAAAUCUCCAUUGUUCAGGACUGCACACUGCUUGAGAAGAUGCUUGUUUAAAGUGUGUGUCGCACACAGGUCUGAUGACAGCCAUCUGCUGGGGUCCAGGCCCCUCGCUUCUCAUUGUGCUCUUCAGAGAGAGAAGAAAAGCCCUUCCCCCGACUCCUCAUUUCUGAGCUCUUCUCGAAACACACACGACUCCAUCUGACAGAGCUUUUCCAUUGAUAUUUCAGAUUUUAGUUACAGAGUCCAUCAUCAUGAAUUAUAAAGGCUGACGUGACGUCAGCGUGAACUCGACUCCUGCGAAGGCGAGCCGAAGCAGAGACCCGAGGCAUGUUUGAAGCGCUUUUUGCGCGCAAGUAAAGGCAGAUAUGCUCCGAGAACCGCGUCGCUUCACGAGCGGCAGGACUGAGGAUGAGACGGCGGACUCGGGCGCGGAGACCGCGGGAUCUGACUGCAGUAAAAUGUCCUGCAGUAGCACGGACCUCUCAUCCGUCCCGGGUCAGGAGCUUCUGCUCACCGUGCACCUGCUGACCGACCCCGGCGCAUCUCUGCUCCUCCAGCACACUCUGGACCGCCUGCUCAAGCGGGUCCGUGCCGGCCUGCGCCUCUUCCACGUGUCCGAGCGGGCCUGUCCCAUUCAUGCCCAGCGCCCCGCGGCCGGACACCCCUCACAUGCUGUCACCAUAUUCUUACACGAGUCCUACGGAGAGGAGCGUAUUCUCCGAGUGCUGGACUUCCUGCAGUGUCCGCCGUGGCAGUAUCACCAUACGGAGAGCUGCGGUACUAGUGAGUCCGGCAUUAAUGACCCAUCCAGCACCCUACUGAGGCCUUAUCUCCUGCCCAGCAGGGACUUCUACAGCCUGGGUGCGGGGAUGCCGGUGUGGGGUGUCCGGCCGGUGCACUACGGAGGGGAGGUGGUGCGGGUGACUUUGCACAGCACCUAUGAUAACUUCGAGGACACCGUGCGUUUAUAUGAGACGGUGCUGCAGAGGAGGGUUGAGGAGCAGAAGACGGGCUUCUGCUGGUUCACGCUGCUCUCAGAAGCCGGGUUCAGUCUGCAGCUGGCCAUCAAGCAGCUCGCGCCCGGGGUGCGUGUGGAGCCGUGUUACUCCGCCGUGCUGCAGUUCAGGGUGGAGGAGAUCGGACAGCUCGUGCCCUUACUGCCCAACACCUGCUCGCCCAUCAGCGCCAGCCGAUGGCACACUGAAGACCUGGACGGCAACAAGAUCCUCUUCCAAGUAAAAGCUCCAGCACAAGCCCAAGGCUUCCUAAGGUCUGCGUUUCCUCUGAGCUGUCCCAGGAUGCUGCUGAGGAGCUGUGGGGCUGCCAGGCCCCCUUCCACCGCUCCCUGCAGGAGGACGUCCCAUCUGAAGCAGCAGGUCGAGGACCGCUGUCCCCGCGGCGUGAGGUCAGGCAGGGAGAGCACUGGGUCAGAUGGCACCUGCAGCUCUCCUCCGGGAAGCUCCUGUUAUUCGUCCCAGCGCAGCAGCCCCGCAGGCCUGUCAGUCAACUGGUAUGAGCCGGCGAUAACCUCCGAAACCUCCCUGUCCCACCUCCGGCUGGAAGAGGAGGAGCCAGAGACCAAUGUGGACACGGGUUGUGCUGUGAAGCCGCAGGCCGCUUUAGGAGCGUCUGCUCUGCUGACUCUGUCUAGAGACCUGAAACACGGCCUGGAUGAGGCUGAUGAGAGCGUGAAGAGUGUCCAAGCAGAGACACAAGUAGAAGAGUUCUUCAUCUGACUGUCCACACUUAUUCAAUUGGAAAAGCAGGCAGCACACAUUUACAUGAAUGCACUUGGCAAAGCCGCUUACAGUGCAUUCACAUUGAAUCAAUUCAAGCAUUCCCUGGGAAUCAAACAGCAAUACUGUUGCUUUCGUACAUGAUAGUCCACUCACAUCAUUAAUUACGUAAUCUUAAUAAAUUAAUAUAAUUCCCUAAUUGUAUUUUAUCUUUUGCAUAUCAUAGAAAAUUAAAGAGCCUCUAUUUUGCAUUUUAAUACAGUUUUUUAAGUAUAAAUUCUAUGAUCAAUAUAACAAUUUCAGUGAAUUAAGGAUUGUGUCGCAAUUUUCAGAAUUACGUUUGGUCCUCCACAGCUUUAAAGGAUUAGGUCAUCCAAAAAUGAAAAUUUGCUUUAAAUUUACUCACUCUCAGGCCAUCCGAGAUGUAGGUGAGUUUGUUUCUUCAUCAGAUUUAGAGAAAUGUGUCUCUGCAUC